AUGGCAAAUCCAGUACUGGAGUCGCUAUCGCGGCCGGCCAUUGCUGCGCCGCUCCUUCUGUUGAUGUCGUACAUCAUAUAUCGUCUUUUCCUUAGGCCCUCCAACUUGCCUAACCUACCAAUCAUUGGUGCGCGUAAAGGCGACUGGUUUCCUAUCCUACAAGCCAAAAUCCGCAAUUCGCUCGACGUCAAGGCCGCGCUCAACUCGGCGUACAUCCAGUAUAGAAACCAGGCUGCCAUCUUUCCCUUGAUCGACGGUGGUAACAUCAUUUAUCUUCCACGAUCAGAUACAAAGUUUGCCAGCGAGCAGCCUACCAAUAUGCUCAGCAUGCACGAAUCGGCACAGCAAGAUUUGCAGACGGACUACACUACUAUGGACCCAUCACUUACCCAUGAUCCCAUUCAUUUGGAACUGGUCACCACCACGCUCACCAAAGAGGUCGGAAAUCUUAUCCCAGAUCUCGCUGAAGAAAUUGAGUAUUGUGUCAGCAAGCAGUUGGGGAACAGCACGGAGUGGUCUGAAAUCUGCAUCAUGGAAUCGGCGCAAAAGAUGCUCAGUGGAAUUACCAACCGAGCAUUCCUCGGUCUUCCGCUUUGUCGAAAUGAAGAGAUGCUAAAGCUGGGCAUCGCGUUUGCGCAGGAUAUUCCACUGUCAUCAAUGGUGAUGAAGUUAUUCCCAAGCUUCGUUAAACCGCUGGUUGCGCCUCUUAUCACCCGAUCCAACAGGAUUCACACGCGCGAGUUUGAGAAGAUCGUUGAACCAGAAAUCAAGGCCCGUCUAGAAGAGUACGACUCGCAAGAUGAACACCUCAAGUCUGAUCGGAACGAUUACUUCGCGCUGGCUCAACGUGUUCUGCUACUGAACUUUGCAUCUAUUCACACGACGACGUUUGCAGUCACCCAUGCUCUUCUUGACAUUGCUUCAUCAUCUCCCGAUCUUAUUCUUGAACUUCGCGAAGAAAUAGAGAGCGUAUUAAAGCAACACGAUGGGAAGUGGAACAAACGCGCCGUCGCGCAACUCGAGAAGCUCGACUCGGCGAUUCGCGAAAGCCAGCGCAAGAACUCAAUUGUCUCAAUCGGAGUUUCUCGUACCGUCGUGGCUGAGCGACCGCGAAACACCUGGAUCGCACAGAAUAGGAUCCCUCCUAUGAAGGCGACGCUGAGAAUCAGGAGAAUUGGAACUUAA